GCUUCAGAAAAUGGCCACAAGAGGAUUGAGUACUCUUCCUUUGUCGGAAACUGAAGACCAGCAGAAACUGCGAUUUCAAGUUGAGUUGGAAUUUGUUCAGUGCCUAGCUAACCCGAAUUACUUGAACUUUUUGUCUCAAAGAGGUUAUUUUAAGGAGCAGACCUUUGUCAACUAUUUGAAGUAUCUACUCUACUGGAAGGAGCCCGAGUACUCCAAGUACCUGAAAUAUCCCCAGUGUUUGGCAUUCUUGGACCUACUUCAGUAUGAACAUUUCCGAAAAGAAAUAGUUAACGGACAGUGUGCGAAGUUCAUUGACGAUCAACAGUUACUGCACUGGCAACAUUAUCAAAGGAAGCGAAUGAAACUAAUCCAAGCUCAGGCUGAGCAGACCCAACAAAACGUGCAAAAGGGUUCUUGAUAACUUAAGACGAGAGUUCAUCAGGGUGCUUCUUAUAAAGACAUCUUGAGAGGCUGUAUUGACUGUGUUACGAUGUCUGCAUCACUGUAUCGUAGAUUCAUGCAACUGUGUCAAAAAUGGCCAGUGGAUGCAACUAAA